UUAUUUCAUUCUAGAUAAGUACAGAAUUGUAUCCAAAUUAAUCCCAAUUAAAGAACGCCAUAGAUCGAACAGUUUUUAAGAAUUAAUAUUUUUUACAAUCAAUAUUUUUAUAUUCAAAUUUUAAAACUUUAUUUUAUAAUUAAAAAUUUAUUAUUAAAAAAUGCUUUCCAAAAAACGUGUUUUAGAUCUAUUACAAGUUAUUUCUUCUCAAUCUUGUAAAUGUCCAGCUCAUGCGAAUCCAAGAGGUACUUUAUGUGAACUAAAAAAAGUUCAAAGCACAGUAGCUAAUGCUACAUUAACAAAAGAAUAUGCAUUUGAAAUGGCUUCUUCUACAGUACGAUAUGGUAUUGGUGUUACAAGAGAAUUGGGUAUGGAUAUGCAAAAUUUUGGUUCCAAAAAUGUUUGUUUAAUGACAGAUUCUAAUUUAAUAAAUUUACCACCUGUUAAAACUGCUAUGGAUAGCCUUACUAAACAUGGUAUUCAAACUUCUGUUUAUGACAAUGUACGCGUAGAACCCACAGAACAGAGUUUAAAAGAUUCUAUUGAAUAUGUUAAACGUGGAAAAUUUGAUGCUUUUAUAGCGAUAGGAGGUGGUUCAGUGAUAGAUACUUGUAAGGUAGCAAAUCUUUAUAGUUCUGAUCCACAAGCAGACUUCUUAGAUUAUGUAAAUGCACCUAUUGGUAAAGGAAAACCAGUUACAGUACAGUUAAAACCAUUAAUAGCUGUACCAACUACAUCUGGUACUGGUUCAGAAACAACUGGUGUUUCUAUCUUUGAUUAUCAACCACUUAAAGCCAAAACUGGAAUUGCCAAUAGAGCAUUGAAACCCACUUUAGGUCUUAUUGAUCCAAACCAUACAUUGAGUUUGCCAGAAAGAGUCUGUGCUUAUUCUGGCUUUGAUGUACUAUGUCAUGCUCUUGAAUCUUUUACUGCAUUACCAUAUACUGAAAGAACUUGUCCUUCUAAUCCGAUACUUAGACCAGCCUACCAAGGAAGCAAUCCUAUUAGUGAUGUAUGGUCAAGAUAUGCUCUUCAAAUAAUGCAUAAAUAUUUUAAGAGAGCAGUAUAUAAUCAAGAUGAUAUUGAAGCUAGGAGUAACAUGCAUCUUGCAAGUACCAUGGCAGGUGUUGGAUUUGGUAAUGCAGGAGUUCAUCUUUGUCAUGCACUUUCUUAUCCUAUUAGUGGAAAUGUACGAAAUUUUCAGCCCAUGGGUUAUAGCAAAAAUCAUCCUAUAGUGCCACAUGGAUUGUCAGUUGUUAUAACUGCACCUGCUGUAUUUUCUUUUACUGGAAGUGCAUGUGCAGAAAGACAUUUAGAAGCUGCUGAAUUACUUGGUGCUGAUAUUAGUCGAGCUAAAAAAAGUGAUGCAGGCAAAAUAUUAGCAGAUACUGUAAAAGAAUAUAUGCAGAUGAUGAAAAUUGAAAAUGGUUUGGUUGAAUUAGGUUUCAAAAAAGAAGAUAUUCCUACUUUAGUGGAAGGCACAUUACCACAACAUCGUAUUACAAAAUUAGCACCACGAGAACAAUCAAGAGAGGAUUUAGCCCAAUUAUUUGAAAAUUCUUUUACAAUAUAUUAAAA